UUGCUCUGGAGGAACUUCAGCUCCUAGAAAAUGCCCACCAGGAACAGCGAAUCCUCUACCAGCUAAGGGAGACCUGCAAGACUGCCAGGUACGGUAUUUAAAUAAAUGAUGAAAUAUCAGAACUGUCUCGAUAAGAAGGAAUUUAACUCACCCAGAUACUGACAGGCCAAAGUUGUUUUGUGGCCUAAAAAAAUAUUACGUAGCAGAACAUAAAAUUGAAAUCUGUAUUUUUAUUGGAUUGUAAGAUUUUUUUUCAAUGUAUUAACUCAUAAUUAUAUUACGUUUCCCAGCAUGCACGUGCAUCCUUUUUCCUGACUGGCUGCUAAUUUAGCUUUUUUUUAAAUUUAAUAACAUCUAAUAAUCCUAAAAUAGCCAAAUUGUAGAUAUUGUUGGUAUCCAGCUUGAUAGUACUCAUUUCAUAGACCGUUAUAAUAUAUUGAUAUACUAAGAAUCGAAAGUGUUACUCUGAGAACAUAGCUGGACACAUAUCCACUAAGCUAUAUCACGGUUGGAGACAUAUCGACUGAGCUAUCUCUACAGAAGGUACAGGACACCAGAGAGAGAGUUGGAGAUUAUUUGCUUUAUCAACAUAUCUUAACAAAAUGCUGAACUGUAUAAAAUAAAUGUUAACACUUUGGAAAACAUAGUUGGGUAAUUUUCGUUAUCUCAAUUUAGAAUUUUGCUAAUGCAGGACUCUUUAAAUAUUUAUAAUGUAUAUUUUUUAUUGACCGUUCCUAUGUUUAUUGUUUGUUUUUCCAGACUUGUCCUUCUGGCUCUAUAAGUACAGAUUCCAGAGCUGACUGCAGACCAUGCCCGAUAGGAUUUUCUUGUGACCCCAUGACAGGCCAUUUGGAUCACUGCAAGCCCAGUCAGUAUUCUCUGGAGGGAGAACUGCAUUGUUCCGAAUGCCCUGAUGGAUUUGUGUGCCCUGAUGGUCGUCACUGGGAGGUAUUUACCACGACUCUUAGCUAAGAAUAAAGCCGGUCAAAUUUGAAUUUGAUUGUCUAUGUCGCCAUGAUCCGUACUCUCAUAGUGCCAUUUGUGUUUAAUUCUUACCUUUUAUAAUUACAUUGUAAGGUGAUGCAUCACAAAUCUCUUAAAAUAUUUGGUUUUCUAAUGGAUUUAAUAGGAUCGAUUGCAUAUUAUGUAAUAGCUUAUGGGUACUUCAGAUACGUUGAGGCUUGCACACCUCUUGUAGGUCACAGAUGGAUCUCUGUAUGAAGAAAACCAUGGAUACAGAUAGAAUGUUUUAUUGUUUUUUCUUAUAAUAAUUUUUAUGUUGGUUAUACGAUUGCAAAUCUCCCCCAUUGUGAAUCAGUUGCAAUUAUUUUUGCAUCCUAGUUUGGCCAUCCAUUCACACUAACCAUAAACUACUAGCUUUUAGUGCGUAAUCGACUAACUUAACCUCUAAAUCGGAAACUCAGAUAUCUAAUCUUCUUGCUGUAAUCCCUCAGCAGAUUCAGUUUCAUAUAAAACAAGAAAGUACUGGUUACAAGACAAUAAACAAUAUAGUUUUAAAAAGUUCAGCUUGUUUGUUUCUUUAAAAAAGAAAACAAAAAAGAUAUAUAUUUAAGGUUUCCAAACUCCAUGGUGGUUGUAUUUUGUACCAUGAUCAGUCCUGUGAUAAUUGUAUCAUAUUAAUAAGAUUUCAUGCAGACAUUUUCUAUUCCAUUGUGGGGACCCCGUACAGAAGUUAAUGUUUUUUCUUUUCCUUUCUAGUUAUGUCCGCCAGGAAAGGAACCGGCACAGAACCGGGCUCACUGCAUCGACUGCCUCCCUGGAUUCUUCUCUACAAGAGAUUCUCCAAAAUGUGUUCCCUGUUUACCAGGUAUAACCUGAUUUAUAUUGACUGGGUACUGAUAUAUUCAUGAGGUAAUAAUAUUAGAUAAUGUGGUGGGUAUAGAUGCUGUUGAUGAGAAGCAUUCAAUCCAUUGAGGAGAACUUGUUGAGUUUUUUUUUAUUUGUUUUAUUUAGUUUUUUGUUAAUUUGUUUCAUUAUUGAAUUAUAAUGAGACAUUGGGAAAGAAAUGCUAAAACAUUUUAUUAGUGAAAAAGUGGGACAAUGUUCUGAAUGAGGAGCGAUCCUCAUGGAGAGCUAUGAAUUCAGAUGGCGCAUUCUGUAUCUUUUUUCAUGGUGAUUUACUGGGUAAACUUUGACCAACCUUUCUAUAAGUGAUACUUUUGUAUUUCUCCCCCACUGCCCUGCACUGCAAUUAUUCAUGCUUCCCAUCAUUAACACUUGUCACUGGGUUUUAACUAUUAACCAGCUUAUCAAACUGAUAAAUGACAAUUAAUACCAUUAAAUCCUGUAAUAUUUAUAGCCUAAUCUGUUAAACUUCAACCUCAAAAAGUACAUUUUCCAGAUUUAAUUACCUAUCACUAACCAGCUAAUCAGCUAGCAUUAAUCACUUAGCACUAACCAGUCAAGUUAGCAGUUAAAUGGUUACCUAACCCAACCAGCUAAUUCUGUAGCCUUAAUCACAGAGUUCAACCUGACUCUUUCUUGUUAGUUUGAUUUGCACCACCAUUACAUGUAUAUUAUAUGUUUAAAUCUAUUUAUCAGUCGUUAUGCCACCUUUCCAUGGAAACUGCAUUUUUUAAGGAUUAAUUUCAUCAGAACAUUUCAUAUUCAGUGGAGAAGUUAUUAGAUUAACUUGUGGUUCGAAGAAAUUCAUACAAAGAUGUCUCUAGCCAUCUCUUCAGGAUAUAAUGUUUAUAUUGUGCAUAGAAAUUCACUUAGCUUAUCACCAGAUUAUCACAAACCCCGGUUUCAUUGAAUUUAACUGAUUUUCCAUUAAUAUCUUAGGUAAGCUAGUGUUGCUUUGUUUUUACUCUACCCUGAAAUAAAGACUUUUAAUGAGGCAAUAAAGUAGUUAUUGGACCCAGUGAGGAGAUAAUGAAGUUGGUAAUUAGACCCUCUCAUUAAAUAAUGAAGCGUUUGUCGGAGCUUUAGAAGCAGAGACUGGCUGGACAGAGACAAAGAUGUGCCAGGACAGGACAACAUGUAGAAUGACAACAUGUAGACUAUGAACCCCACUUACUGGGACAUUAAUAACCUUCUGACAUAUCGACACCCUAUUUCCACCCUAUCCCAGUAUUGUCCGAGACAAGGCACAUAAGGGACAUACUGGCUCUUUUAACCCGCAAAAAGAUGUCCUUGCUCUGACUUAUUAACUAUAAGCAAACACAAAUAAUGUUAUUCAUUCCAUGUUAAGUGGAUUUCACAUUGAAGGAACAUUCUGAGUUGAGUUUAGACUCUCUGUAUUAUUGCAUUUUAUUGUAUUCAAAUAUUAUAGAUAUCAUUAAUUAAAUGCAUUUUCAUGUUUUUCUUUUAAAAUAAUAAUAAUAAUAAUUGGGUUUGCUGGUGCAGGUUUUUUUUCUUGGUAUCUGAUCUGAAUCCUGUGUAUGUCAAAUCAUGUAGGAAUUAUGUACCUUACUGUAAAACUCAAUUGGUCUUAACACUAUCACAAUGAACUAAACCAAAGUUGUCUUUUUCCUUUUUUUCUAGGGAGCUAUUGUCCUGAUGUUGCUAAAAUGUAUCAAUUUAUUCACCCCAUUGGUUCAUUGAAGAAUGGCCAAGGAGCAUUUAAUUCCUGUAUCUGUAUUAACGGCACCCCUAGUGAGGACACAGCAGAACCACGUCGAUCAAACACAGAUACAAUUACCUGCUCCCCUGGGUAUUAUACCUCUCUGGCAGGACAUCAGGACUGUCAGUCAUGCCCUUCAG